AUUUUAGAGAUCAGGACUGGGGUAACAUACCAGCAAUAAAAUAACUUACACCAGUUUUCUCUAAGUAUGAUAUUUGGCAUAAGUGUAGUCUUCUUCCAUUGAAAUUCCCAUUGUUGCAUAACUAUUACUGUACAUCCAAAUUCACAUUUAUUUAUACAGUUUUUAACUUUGUUGGUGCAAGAACUUUCUCUGUCACUGAGCUUCAGUAGCCAUUCAUAUAACUUUGGUGUUGCGCUUUGCUGCUCCUUUACUGAGUCAAGAGACAUGUGUAGAGUGAUUUCCCAUUCCCACUGGAAAACCUUAACUGGUGUCCCAAACAUUUCUGGGAUAGCCAGAAAAAUCUCUGGGUUAGAGGACAUUAUAUUCCUUUAAUGGUGUUAAUUCUAUUUGUCAAACCUCUCCCGAAAUGGAGUAUAACAGGUGUGGAAGCUCAGAGCCUCCUUUCUUGCUCUCCAAAGGGUUUGCCGCUAUGGAGCCUGUGAGUAUUGACAACCUGUCGAUCUUGUACCAAAGUGCGGACUUCAUUGUGGUCAACAAGCACUGGGAUGUCCGCAUCGACAGCAAGAUGUGGUAUGAAAAGCUGACUCUGCAGAGUCAGUUGAAAUACCGAUUUCCAGAACUUGCUGAUCCAGGCACUUACUAUGGCUUCCGGUUUUGCCACCAGCUGGAUUUCUCCACCAGCGGGGCCCUUUGCGUGGCACUGAACAGAGAGGCGGCUGGCAGGGUAUACAAGUGUUUCAAGAACCGGACAGUCGCCAAGGCCUACCUUGCAUUGGUGAGAGGCCACAUCCAGGAGGCAAAGAGGACAAUCUGCUUUGCCAUUGGGAAGAAUACAACUGAGGGACUGACUCACAUGAUGUGCAUCGAAGGGACUGAUGGUUGCAAAAACCCGAAACCUUGCCAGUCAGAACUCACAGUCCUUGAGCAGGGGUUGUACAGCGGAGAGCCAGCAACAAAAGUGCUUUUGCAGCCUCUUACAGGAAGAACCCAUCAGCUCCGAGUCCAUUGCAGUGCUAUUGGGCACCCAAUUGUUGGGGACUUUACAUACAGCUUUAAGAAGGACAGUGCUCCCUAUCGGAUGAUGCUGCAUGCGUACUAUUUGUGCAUUCCAACCAGCAAGGAGCUAAUUGAAGUGAGUGCUCCAGAUCCCUUCGUUCCCUCCUUCGACAGCAGUUGGGUCCCUCAGUGUGUUACACACCACUUGGAUGAGCUGAUCCAGGAAUUGAAAGACAAGGGCAUCUGGGCAGAGGAGGAAGAAAAGCAGGAAGAUCCAUCUGCUGUACCAAGUCCUGAGAUCAUACAUGAAACCAAGACCCAAGAGAUGGAGGAACAACAAACCCACUGCAAGCAGUGGUUGUCUGAAUGGGUGUUGGAAUGAGAUGGCUCAGCCAUUUGCAAUUGAAAUCAAAGCCAUCUCCGUUUACCCUGUGGCUUGCGAACAACCUCAAUCCCCUGACCAAAUGAGGGCACCUUUCUGUUUUAGUUGCAAAAUUCCCCAGGAAUGGGAAGCUCUGCAGUCCUAGGUUGUCAUUCUCAAAGUUGUGCUUGCACUGCCGUUUUAGUUGUUUGGGGUCAGAAGUCAGUACAGAGGGCAGCCAGGCAGGAUUGGUGAUUCUAUUGUGAGUGCAAAAGGGCUGAAUUGAUGUAAUUGGGCUGACUUCAAAAAGAAAUGACAGAAAAAUGGGGUCUGAUGGGGUCUUGCUCAGGCUAACCUUGGAGGAUGUGUGACUACUAAUUACUGGUGGUUUUAUUCCUGUUUGGGAGGUACUGGGGUGUUGACAGAGGGCUAAAAAAAACUCAAGAUGGCAUCCGUGGCUUUAUGAUUGAAGCCCUGCUCCCUUUUUAUGUGUGUCACAUCUGCAACGUAUGUGAAAAAGGGGCAAGGCUUCGAUUGUAUGGUUGUGGUUGCCAUCUUCUACAUACAAACACCCUGUAAACGCCCCUGAAGGAUAUAAAGGCCUUUUGAUAGUUGGAUGUGCAAAGCUGGCUGGCUGGCUUCCGCUUUUUUGUCAUCAAAGCACUCAUUUGACUUUUAAACUAUUAGCUUGCUAAUUUAAAUCAAACUCAAAGUUUUAACUCUCAGGGAUGUUUGAGAAAAACAUCCCACCUUUUAUUUAUUUUUAAUAAGAAUUUUAUUAGAUUUCAGACAAAGAUAGAAACUACAGAAAAACAAGGAGCUACAAAGAAAAAAAAACUAAGUGUAGAAACACAAGAGAAUUUUU